UGUUUUCCAUAGUUCAAAUUUCUAAAAACCUUCCAGAUGGCCAAGGUUACUCUGCAAAAGUUUGCUUUUUCAUUUUGCUGUUCAAUACCAGCCUAAGAUUUCGGGCAAAGUCCUAGUUUGUUGAGCAAAUUUCUUUUCAAUUUGACGAGAAAUGUGUCAGUUUUCUGACAGCAAUAUGAGUGCACAUCAAUGAAAACUGACAGAAAGUUGACCACAAAUUUUCUUUUCCUUUUGCUUGCAUUUUGCUCUUCAACAUUGGGUGUAGUUUCAGGCAAACUUAAAAAAUAGCAUUGGUUGUAUCGAUAGAUGUCAAUGUCAGUCAAGAAAAAAUCAUUAUAAGUGAGGUUAAUAUAUUAAUGAUGAUUCAAGUAGUCGAAACUUGACACUUUUUUAAUUUAUGAGUUUGUAUAUUAAUAAUUAAAAAAUGCCUGAGCGAGACUCUCCAAAAUUUAAAUGUACGGGGUCUUGAAAAAUUAUUUCUGGUGAUAUGAAGUUUGUUUUGUUUAUAAAAAUGAACAUAUAUAAUUUUGGAACAGGAAAAAAGUCUAGUGAUUAAAAGAAAGAACUCUUAAUCAUCAUUCAUAAAAAUGUAUCCAUUACAUUUGAUUAAUCGAUUUAUAGAAAAUCUUCAAAUCGAUAAAGUAAACCGAUGAAGUUUUAUUUAUAAAAAUAAAAUUUAUGGUACAACGAAUAGAUGAAAUAGUUGACAAAAAUUUCAUCUUAAACAAUGAUAAGUCUGAGUAAAUAAUAAAAAGUAAUAAUAUGAAGAUCUAACUUAUUACCAAAGCGUAAUUUAUCACGCGAAAGAUGUAUUUGUUAAUUCUUAUUCACUUCGUAUGGUUGAACAACUUGAUCAGCGCCAGUACAGUCGUCAAACCACAAGAUUUAACAGAAUCCGUCCAAAUAGCAAAAUGUUGUGAUAUGAAUGAAAUCAUUCUUGAUGAUAAGUGCGCACUGUUAACCGAAACCAAUGAGACAACAAUUUGGAAGCCUGAUUUUAUAGACGACAAUUUUCCAAUUAAUAAAAAACAGCAGCCUAAUUUUCAUUUUAAAAUUGGGUUACCACUAUGUCGCAGUACUGAACAUCAGUGGCAUGUUUACUAUAAUCCGCGUAGUCAGUAUCAAGACCUUCUUGCAAUUUUACCAUCAGGAAAUCUCCGACACAUUUUGCAUGAUCGCUGGAGUGCUACGCAAAAUCAAAAACCAGGUUCCCAUAGUUUAGUAGAUGACGACAGUAUCACCGUAGAGUCCCUUCAUUUUGAUUACGCAUUCGGACACUACUGCGCAGACAAGGCUGUUCUCAGCGAAAAUGCUCUCGUUACAACUUACGCGAUGAUUUGUGUCCCUGCAGUCGCUUGGACGGAUUCUAAUUAUCUAAUUAAACAUGUAGUGGAUCCAAUAACUCGUGCGUUUGCAAUAGCAUGUUACUUGUUCGUAGCUAUUGUGUAUUUUGUAUUACCGCAAUUAAGAGAUCUUGUUGGUAAUAUGAUUACAAGUAUGACAAUGUGCCUUGCAGUGAAUCAAAUCGCAGUAACUGGUAGGAUAUUAACAGAAUAUGGCAGCCAUGUUAGUUUCCUUAUUGCUGAUUCAGUGGCUUACAUAUCAUUGCUAUCGGCAUUUUUUUGGCUUAAUUCUCUUGGUUACUUUGUUUGGAACACAUUCAGAUCGCGUAAUAUAUUUUUGCGUGUUUCUGAUGGCCAGAAAUACUGCUAUUAUUCCAUGUAUGUUUGGGGAUCUACUGUGACCAUAGCUGGGACCGCAAUUUUCGCACAUUUCACUUUAGAGACAAACAAAGUGAUUGUUGAAGAUGAAUUUCAUCAUGUACAGGAAACCGUUGGAUGGUUGGGAAUGUCUGUCCUGUUUACUUCUGUUGCAUUUACAAUAAUUGUCAAUAUCUGUUUUACUUUGAUGACAGUCAACACAAUAAAACAAAACGGUACUUAUGGAAGAAUCCAACACAAAAUAAAAUAUAGUUUUAGAAUGUUUACGUUACUAUUCGGAACUUUAAGCUUGGGUUGGCUGUCUCUUCUGAUUUCGCAGUUAAAAUAUGAUAAUUUAAUCUACUGCCAUAUAGCUGUCAAUUUCGUACAAGCAUUUGCAGUAGUAUAUAUAUGUGUAUUUGGACAAAAAAGAGUAUUGUUUCUAUUAAGUAAAACGUGCAAUUGUUGUAUCAGCGAACAAAACACUUCUGACGAAUUUGAUUGGGGUGAAGAAAUGACAGCUAUCAAUGCAGGAUAUUGAUUUUAAUCAGCAGUACCUUUGUAGUUAAAUGUCAGCACGAAUCGUUGAAACCAGUCGAAUUCCAUUAACUCGGUUAAUCUAUGGAAGAGUGAAAAUUCUGACUUAUCGAAUUUCACUUCUCUUUUUAAAAGUAGACUACACGCAUGCGCUGUUAAAUCACAUGUAUGCGUAGCACGUAGUGGGGGUCGAGAUUGAUGGGAAGUCCCGAGUUAAUGGAAUCAGACUCAAUGGACUUCGAGUGUAUGCUAAAAAAAUUAUUUUAUUGUUAAGUAAUCGAUUAACUGAAAAAACUUGGAAAUUAACGAUUCCAGAAAAUACUAAUAAAAGUGGCCUUAUUUAGUCAUAAUUGGUUAUUCUCAUUUGUAAAUUUAUAUUUUCGUAGUUUAAACAAAUUUUGUACUUAAUAUAUUUUGUACAUGAGUAUUAUAUAAAAUAAUGAGAAUACUUCUC